GGGAUCAAACAAACCUGACGAGCCGUAAUAUAAUAUAGAAUGAAUGUGUUGCACGCUCUGCUAUUGAAAGAAAUGUGUGUGUUUGCUUUUUGAAGCGUGUUUGUAACUAACAUUGACGAACAGAACCAAAAGGAGGACCAGUCGUCAGGUAGCGUUGCAGGGACGCGGCGAGCUCCGGGAUAAAUGGGGCUGUUCGACAAGCUCGCGGGAUGGCUGGGGCUGAAGAAGAAGGAGGUGAACGUGCUGUGCCUGGGGCUCGACAACAGCGGGAAGACCACCAUCAUCAACCAGCUCAAGCCGUCUAACGCUCAAGCGCAAGACAUAGUCCCCACCAUUGGCUUCAGCAUAGAGAAGUUUAAAACCUCCAGCCUGUCCUUCACAGUGUUCGACAUGUCAGGACAAGGCAGAUACCGGAACCUCUGGGAGCAUUAUUACAAGGAGGGCCAAGCCAUUAUAUUUGUCAUAGACAGUUCAGAUAAGUUGAGGAUGGUGGUUGCCAAGGAGGAGCUGGACACUCUACUCAGUCACCCAGAUAUCAAGCACCGGCGCAUCCCCAUCCUGUUCUUUGCCAAUAAGAUGGACCUGAAGGAGGCGCUCUCCUCAGUGAAGGUGUCGCAGCUGCUCUGCCUGGAGAACAUCAAGGACAAGCCCUGGCACAUCUGUGCCAGCAAUGCCAUCAAGGGGGAAGGCCUUCAGGAGGGCGUCGACUGGCUGCAAGAUCAGAUCAGAACGAUGAGAACGUGAGACAGUAGAGGCGAGGGAAACUCCACAUCACUACGGCAACCCCAGCUCCAUUCCCACAUCGCUAGGCAACCUCCUGCUCCAGAUGUCUGUGAUCAUGUGACCUCUGACCUCUGGCCCUGGGGGUUGGGAAACGGGAGCUGCAUCAGCUAACCCCCCUAACCACACACACACACACACACACACACACACACACACACACACACACACACACACACACACACUCUCUCAUCCCACAGCGUAGUCUAGUUUAGUCUCGUCUAAUCUAGCCCAAAGGCCUGAGCAGUUGAUUCACUUCCAGUGGGCUGAUACUCCACUCGCAGUGCAUCACCCGGCAACCAUCACACUGUGUGUGUGCUUUUUAGUGGUAGAGCUGCAGAGCUGCUAGUGGCCUGCAGUACCAGCAACGUGCUCCAGGGGGUGCUCCUGUCUCUCACACGAGCUCUGUCCCCAGUUUAACUAAAGUCAUUCUGAUAUCCAUAUGGAGAUAGACUCAUAGCUUCUAUUACGUUUUUGUAUUUAUUUUUUAAAGUCGAUGUUAUUUAUUGCAACUGGUCUUCAUGUCCUGUGAGUAGGUUUGCUGUCAUUCGGCUGGCCUCACUCCACAGACACACACACACACACACACACACACACGCAGACAACACACAGACAACACACACGCACUCAGACAUACACAGACACACAAACACAAAUGUACACAUUCACUCACACACACACACACACACACACACACACACUCACAUUUGCACAGCUGCACACUAACACUCAUCUGUAUCUGAAAUGCAUUUCUGUCUUUUUCAUACAUUCCUUCAGACCAGAGAUUUGUCCACACUAACAGGAAAUAAAUAAUGGUUGAUUCA